AUCAUCCACCGCUCUCUUCCGUCCACUCAAUAUACUGCACUUUCACAGCGUAUCUCGACUUUGAACUACCGACCAGCAACGACAACGUGCUAUGAGAAUGAAGAUGCUAUUUCUAGAAGCCAACGAAGAGCGUCAUAAAGCCACAUCGAAUUAACCGUAUCUGUACCCAGGACCCUCAAAAGCAUGAAUGAAGAGCUGCUGGGUGUAAAUGUAGAGAUCAGGAUCUGGUCAUCUGUCUAUGUACCAUUACCAACUACCCAGGAGAAUGCAUAGUUGCAGUUGGGAAGUUUAUAACCCUAGGAUGGCAUGGCGGAUUUAUAUGCAAUAUGCAGAUCGAAUUACCUUCUAUUUUCACAGCGAAUCGAAACGGAUACCUAUGAAGCUUCGAAGCCUGGGUCGAGGUCUUCGGUUGUGCAUACCGGAUUUUGGAUAGAAGCGAGAGGAGUAGACGGCAAACAGGACCUUACUCGAGAUGCAGCACCGGGCGAAAGGAUGAUUUACUUUAUAGUUGGAGGUGGCUACAUGGGUCGUCAUCCACUACGUAUCCAUACUCCCUGGCCUUUGGCAAAGAUAUCCAAAGCUCGCGUGUUCAGCGUCAGCUAUCGCAAAUCUCUUUCCGACAGUACAGCAUUUCCUUGUUCUCUCCUUGAUACACUUGCAGGGUACCAGUACCUCAUCGAGGAAAAGCAUUUCGAACAUAAAAACAUCAUUCUAUGCGGGGACUUGCCGACUAGGCUUUCCACUUGGCUAGUGUUCAGUUGGGGCUGGUGCCAGCUCGUUUUGACUCUACUCUCCACCACACCGCUUCCUUCGAUUCAGAUACUCUUUCUCUGGCCGCCAUGCCAUCUUCAUCGCGAAGUAAAGUAUCUACGAAAGGUCGACCACAACCGAAACAUGGAAAAAAGACCGCGGUUCGGCCUUUCAGGCUUCUUACUCGUCGCCGACCUACCUUCAGAGCAACAUCACCUGAAUCUAUAGGUGAGCAGAUUGAGGUACAACUUGAGCGUCGUUUUACUCCUCAAGCACAUCCCUCCCCUGGAGAAUCAUCCGGGGGGUUCUCAUCCACCCUCGCCAGCCGUAUCACAUGUAUUAUAUGAUUCCCAUGCAGAUCUAUCUGUUCAUUCU